UCAGUGUCAAAAUAAAAAAUCCAAAGGAAAAUGUUUUUAAACAGAAAACUCGAUAUUAUUAAAUAAAAGAUUAACAUAAUGCCAAAGAAAAACUACAGAAAAUAAUAUGUCAGUCAAUUCAGCACACGAUAUUUUUGAAAUCAAGCCUCUCGUAGAAAAUAUAAAUAUAAAAUUAUGUGCGAGACGUGAAAAUGGGGUGAAACAAUUAUUAGCUUUAUUAACUAGUGAAGGUGAUGUAGUCCUGUACUAUACCUAUGGAGAGCUAACACCCGUUUUGAGAAGGAUACCAUGGUUUAAUGAUAGCUUUAAGCAAAUUGAAGCACUUUGUUUUGAUCCUUCGGCAACAUGGUUGUUGGUAGUAUCUUUAGACUGUUCCCUCUACAUAAUACCAGCUUUAAGUCUAGUUGACAAAAAACAAAAGAUCGACUGCAAGUGGUCCUUGACUGACAUAACACAUUUUCCUCGUCCUCUUCAAAUUCCUGAUUCAAAACCAACUAGUGCUAUCUGGUGGCAAACUUUGGAUUGCAAUCAAAAUGCUUUGGUUGGAUUUGAGAAUGGAAUUAUAGUGCUUAUAAGUCUGACAGAUGGAAGAUGCUUAGGAAGCUGUACUAUUGGUGAGAUUGUGGAUAGCCUUAACAUUUGCCAUGACAACAAUUUGGAGAUAAUAUCUUUACUGAUUAAUGGUGCCAGUGGUCAACAGUGGCGUUUAGUAUUAGAACAGCAUUCUACUGGUUAUCUUUGGCCCCCAGAAGCUUAUACACAAACAGAAGAUUCUACACGCUCUCGCCUGUAUAGCCUUAAACAGCUUGGUGUAGACAAAUUAGCUUCAUUGAGACAACGCCUUACCGAAGCCAGAGGCAGUCGAAGAGAUAGCAAUAGUGAUUCUGCUAGUGAAUCGUCGCACACAGAAUCAGUCAAUUCAAAUACUUCUGGACCUGAACUGUUGCCCCACUUAUGUGAUACACAUUUUGCACCGCAAUAUGCUAGGAAUAGAUAUUUAUUCACAGCCUUCUAUAAGCCUACAAGUUUACUUACUGUGCAUUCAGUAGAUGUUGAAUCUGCUCCUCUAUACGUACAUAAAUUACCACAAAAGACAUCGACAGUUUUGCUAACAGAUAAACUUAUUUAUACUGUCAGUGAGGAAUCCAAAAUGGUUUCAAUUAUGAGUUCACAUCUAUCGGAAUGCCGUCUAGAAGGAGAGGCGGAAUUCAACAGUGAUGCGAUGAUAGCCCAGUUUUAUAUAGAAAACGGAAAAAUACUCAGGUUGUUCAAACUCGUUGAUUUAUCUUCUGUUCGUUUGAAGAAAAGAGACGACAAUAAAAAAGACAAAGUAUAUGAAUUGCCAAAGACUGUAGAUGAUUUGCAUUUGCAAAAACCAAGAAUAGAUACCUGUAUAAUUGUAACUGAUUCGUGUAUUUAUAAGAUUGGUGUCUGUUGUUCUCCUAUAAAAAAAUUUGUCCAAUAUGUUACGGAGGAAAAUGAUUUGGAAAGAGCUGAACAACUUUCACGCAUAUUCGGAUUGAACAUUCAACAGCUACUAGAAUGUUGUGGAGAUCUGCUAAUCUCUCGAGGUUCUUUCCAUUCCGGUAUAAUUUUAUAUAAACAAGCAAAAGUACAUCUCCUUAAAAGAGUUCUAAAGCUCGCAAUUUCAGCAGAUUGUAAAACAUUAUUAAAGUUUGUGCAUCUGUGUCUCAGUGCUAGUAAAGUCGAUAUGUCUGUAGCCACAAAAAUUCAUAUUGGAAAUUUGGCUGUGAUGGCUUAUACUGAAUUGAUUUUACGGUAUGGUGGACACCAAAGGAUAUCAAACACUAAAGAUUUUAUGAAUUUUUUGUCUUUCGAAGAAUAUUACGACCAGAUUUUAGCUGUAAACGUAGCCUGCCAAGCUGGUCACUGGAAUGUCGUAGCACUAUUAGCGAAAUCGAGGGGUUUACAGCCUGAAGUUGUUACUGCUUUAGGGCAAAUUUUACAAAGCGCUAGAGCUCCAAAACCUUCUGAGAGAGACUUUUUGUAUGCUCUUUCUGAACCGUGUCUAACACAAAGUUUACUUAUUUUUGGACAGUGUUCGCAAUACAUUUUCCAGUAUGUUAGGACAAAUAUUGAACACUUUCCUCUCGAUAUAUUACGUCGUCUAGCAAUCCAACUGGACCCUAGUCAACCGAGCGCCAUUCCUCUAGUCAGUAGAUUGUUCCAAACUACCAAAUUUUCGUCCAGCCUGGAAACAACUAUCGAAUGUAUCGAUUUUGAAAAUCCAGACAGGACAAUAGUAACGGUGAAAGAUUUAAUUGAUACAUUCCUCAUUAUUAUUAUACAUUUAAUUUGGAAGACUGAAAAUAUUGGUUUUGAAUUAUCUCUCUUAGAAAAUGUACAGCCUCCCGACAUCCCGCCUCCAGUGAUUCCCCUAAAAAAUCUACCCGAUUUUCAUCCUCUCAGCUGCGGUUUUGAACAUGCAGCUAUUAUUCGCAAUAAUAAUGUUUAUACAAUGGGUGUAGCUAAUUCUGGCUGUCUGGGAUUGGGCCCCCUAUUGACUCAAAGCAGUCCCGCAAGGCUAGUACAAACUUUGUCUGAAUUGAAAGUUAGAGUCCUAAGUGUGAGUUGUGGAAAGAAGCAUACCUUGGCACUUACAGAUUUUGGGGUUUACUCUUGGGGCUCCAACACAUAUGGCCAGCUAGGUUUAGGGCAUUCUGUUCAAGAAAGUCCUUACCCGCAAAUGAUAAACUGCCUUUCUUCUCAGAAAAUUAUAGAUUUAUGUGCUGGACAGUACCAUAGUGUUGCAGUCACUGCUGAUGGUAAAGUAUACACGUGGGGAUGGGGAAUUCAUGGGCAAUUAGGGCAUGGUAACUGUGAUAACGAAUUUCAUCCGAAGCUUUUGGAUUUUCCAGAAAAUGUUAAGCAGGUAACUGCUGGGCAUGCGCAUACGCUUAUUUUAACUGUUGAUGGUAAAUUAUUUGGUUUUGGUUCAAACGUAUUCGGACAACUCGAAGGCAGCAAUAUAGAAGAAAGCAAGUCUGUGAAGCCCGUUUGGGUGUUAGUUCCUACAGAUAAUCAUACGCCAAUUGAAAAAGUUGCUUCCGCUUAUUUCCAUAACAUUGCCGUACUUAAAGAUCAAGAGGUGCAUACUUGGGGAGCGAGUCCACAAGAAGUUCGAAUACUUCAGUCAAAAAACAACCAAAAGCAAAACUGUGUAUCUUCGAAACCAUCAGAAUCCUGGAAAGCUAGCACUCACAUAUAUUCUGGAUUUAACAAGAAACCUAUCGAACAGGUUGCAGUUGGUUACAGACAUUCGGUAGUCCUUCAUAACGGAAAGAUUUUGUGGGGCAAAAACAGAGAAGAAGAAUUAUGUGUUCCUAAAUUAAAACAGCAAGAUGGCGUCAGCAGUCUAUUUGCUCAGAGAUUCGUUCAUGUUUCAUGCGGCUUGGAAUAUACUAUGGCAAUAGAUCACGCUGGAAAACUGUUAGCUUGGGGAAGUCCAUCAAUGGCACAGACUAUUUUGGGCAAACCUAUGGAUGAUGACAACCGAAAAGUCGAAAGCAGGGUUAUAUUUUUCAAAAACACCAAAAGGAUUAUAAAAUUUCCCAACCAAGGCCAAAGCAGUACCGACUGCUUACCCAUAGAAGUUCCGGGUCUUCCAACAUUGGCGAUAACAUAUAAUCCUAGCGAUCAUAAGCUACUAUUUUCUAAAAAUUUCGCUCCAUAUGCGAUAUGCAAUAUUGAAAACAACGAAGUACCUAUUGAACAAAACCAUGCGUCUUCCCUUGACAGUAUAUAUGAGUCACCUAACCUGAAGAUUGGAUAUAAAACUCUUCACUACGUUUUGGAGACUUACCAUGGUUUCUACGACACUGAUAAUGUGCUGUCUAAAUGUCUUGAGGUUCAUAAUUAUCAGGCUGCAGCAAAAAUAGCCAUGCUAGAUGGUCAUUUCGGCGACAGUCUAGGUUUUCAGCUAAUAGCCUUCAAGAAAUAUUUGGAAUCUCUUGAUCUUGACAUGACAUUUUCUUAUGCUAAACGAAAUUCUGAUUCCAAAGAUUAUAUAGAAUUAAUAGUGAGAAACAUUCAAGACGACUUAAACGAGAAAAAUUUAGUAUAUUCCAGCACUUCACCUGCGCACAUUUUAAGCACUAGCUCUUCGUUAGAUAGUAUAAGACAGUGGGGUGACGAUUUAGAACACCAAGGGGGACGAGAAAGUCCUUGUGAAGUACCCGAAGUAGGAGAUAUAAGACAAAAUAUUUCGCAAUAUGUUCAAUCCUUAACGAAUAAUGAAAGUUCGCCGCCUAUUUCCAGCGUUUCAAAAAUGGUAUCAGAGAUUGAUAACGUUCAAAUUAAAAUGAAACAGGCAGAUGUAGAAUUACAAAUAAAGGAUAAGAAAGUUAAAGAAAUUAUUGAUGCAGCUUCGUACGUCGUAGAAUUUUAUAUAAGAAAAGUCUACGUUUCGGAGAACCACAUUCUGAUGCAGAACAUAUUACUAAAAUGUAUAGAAUUUUGGCUUUCCAGUAAUCUCCCAGUGCCAGUACUCGAGAAUAUCCUUUUAAAGAACAUGGACAAGUAUUUCUAUCCACUUUCGAUACUGCUAUUUUGUAAGAAUUUCUGCAAUCCAGAAGAAGACGACGUUAAACCCACGUCUUCUGGAUUUUUGAAAGAGUUUUCGACCAAGUUUUGCCUUCAGCUGUGUUCGAUGGUGUUAGAGAACGUCGACAAGGCGUAACCGUUGUUACGUGAGAAGUUUUUAAUUUUUGUUUAUUUUUAGGAGAGUUUUACGGUAGGAUAUGAAGGUGGUUUCAAAAAUAUAUAAAAAUAUUUUUCUAACUGUAAAUGUUAUUCACCACACACAAAAACUCAUUUUUUCUAUAUACUAAAAUAUUUACUACUGCGAAAAUUAUUGUUAACAUUUUGUCAAAGAGUAUAUACUAUAAUCGUUUGGUUGUUUUUGCUUCUCAUUGUUCUUAAAUAUAGCCGCCAAUGGUUUCAUUAUUAAAAGUUUUAAGUUUUAAGCUUUAUUGAAAGUCGUUCUGUUAUUAUAACAGCUUAUUUGGGAAUGUGUUUUGUUUGAGACAUUUACUGGUACAUGUUUCGUUUAUUUGCGUGAAUUACUACCUUUGAAUUACUUUUAUAGGUAUUGUUUAUAUUCUUUUUCUCAUAGGCAUCUUUCAGUGCGUCACAGUUUUUCGAUUUCUUUCUAACGCAUUAAAUUGUAUGUGACAGAAAAAGGCACGUCCGUGAUUACAGACAUUUAUAACAUUUAUUCUAGUUGUCGAUAGAUGGCGCUUUAAUCGAAAAAAAAAUAUUUACGAAUUAUAUAAUAUAUCUACGAAUAUAAUCUGUACAAUUUAUAAGACUAUACAAAUCAAAGAAAAUACCAUUUUGCUAUAAACACAAUUGAUUUGUUUUUAUGCCAAAUUGCAAAUAAAAUGUGACAACUGUCAGAUUUAACUAAAUUGUCAUGUUAGAAUAAAUGUUAUAAAUGUGUAUUAUCACGGACUUAUCUUUUUUCUAUCAUUUGUGACGCACUGAAAAAUGCCCAUGAAAAGGACUUUACCGACCUAAUAUUCUGAAACAAAAAAUUUGUUAUUGUCGAGUGAAUGUAUCAGAGGCGAGGUGUCUGUAGUGCCAUAUCAUAAUUAUGAUAUUUAACUGGCUUUGUUUAGUGUGUGAACAUAAAAUCGAAUAACAUAAUAUUGAAAACUAUAUGGUAAAAUUAUUGAGAUUAUCUUUUGAUGAUUUUAAUUUCCAAUCGUGUAGUAAGAUUUUUCGUUUAAUUAUGUCCAUUGAGAUUAUUAUUAUACUGGGAAUAAUCACUUACAUUAUUAUACUGGGAACAGAGCUGGGCGAUACCCGGGUACAAGUACACGAAUUUUGUACUCUAAGUACAUUUUGGGUGCUCACUACCCAGUACCCGAGUACAUUUUCAAUAAAGUACCCGAAUUUUGUACUCUAAGUACAUUUUGGGUGCUCACUACCCAGUACCCGAGUACAUUUUCAAUAAAGUACUCGGUACUCGUACCCGUAGCGAAUGGGUAAAAUAACCGGUACCCGCGUUUAUUAUACGAGUACAUUUUCCGAGUACUUUUUGCAAGUCUAAACUUGUCGCUGCAUGUGGGACAGCAAAUUAAUAGCAACAACCAAAACGCCGUUUUCAGUAUCAGUCCAUUCGCAAAGUCAAGCAAACGCCUAUUCUCUUAUGCCAUAAUAAUUAUUAAUUAUUAAUAGCUCUUCAAGAAAUGCUCUAACGAACUGAUGAAACUUUGAAAAAUUAGUUAUCUAAAAGCCAAUAAAAUUAAUCAGUGAGUGUGAGUGGUGUUAUACUGAUAACGGUAAAACCUGUGUUACCGGCCACCUGCCAAAAUCGGCCACCUGGACUUAUGGACGGUUUCAAAAUUCCCAAACCAAUUAUACAUAAUAUGUAUGUUCCCUUAUUUAGGACCUGCUAUUUACGGCCACCUUUAUAAUACGGACGCGGCCAAAUAAUCACAUAUUUGUAAAGUCCAUUUUAUAGAAAUUGAAUGUGAAUGUUGGCCAAAAUAAUUUUGUCUAUUUGUUGGUGGAAAUUCCCAGUACUAUUUAUUAGGACCUAUUGUAUCUAACUAAACAGGAGAUUAAACAACCUGCAUUGGGUCGGUGGUCACAAUAGGUUCUUAAAAUCCUAUAAUAAAAUGUCGUAAAAGUGUCGUAAAAGAGAAACGUUUGUCACUAUUUAUAAGUAUGACUACAAUUCACAAAAGUUGGCCGAAAAAUAUGGUGUAAAAACUCAAAUUAUCAAAGGAUAUAAAAAAAAUAAAAGUGGGUUGAAAAAUUCUUUAAAAAAGCUUUACAUCAAUCUGUUUUUUCCUUAGUAUAGUUUUGAUUUAUAUUAGGAUAUUAAAGUAGUUUUAGUAGUUUCCGUUGUGGACUACAAAAACUGGAAAUUCCGGCCACCUUUCUAUAUCGGCCAAUACUUCCUUCAUUUUUAGUGGCCGUUACUGACAGGUUUUACGGUAUUAAUCAAUGAUCAAUUUUUAAAAUUCUUAUUUUUUUAUUUAAGUUGGAGUUAUACGUUAUUUUAUGUUUUCAUGACUCAUAAAUAAAUAUGUUUAGAAAGGCAGAGAUAAUUAUUACCUUCUUACCUUUUUUCGGGUUCUAUAUUCAAAUGUACUAGAAAUAAGUACCCGAGAAAUUCGGGUAAGUGUACUUUGAGUAUUGUAGUCUGAGUACUUUUUUUGAGCAAUGUAAUCGGUACUCUGUACUCGUUCCUCAAAUAUGAAAAGUACCCGGUACUCUGUACCCGACUACAAUUUAUCAGUACCCGGCCCAGCUCUGACUGGAAAUAAGUUUUAAGUAUUUUGUUUCUGUUUAAUUACGAGUUUCCUAGUUUUGACAACCGUCACAUUUAAGAAAAUGAAACAUAAUAAAGUUUUAGUUCUGCAUAUAAUGUCAAAUUGUCACGAGGACAAUACAAAUCGGCAAUUUUAAGCGCUCGAGUGUAAUUCGGUAUGAUUAUUUUAUGAAUAAAACUGUAUUUUUAUAAAUAAUUUUAACUAAUAUUUUAUUGAUAUCUUCGUCUGAAUAUUUGCUAAACUGUGCUGUUCACUUUGACAAGUUGAAAAACAUUAAUUGUGAUAAAUGUCACUGAAUGUUUAUUUACAAGGACUUGAAUUUUGUAUGUAAGUAUUAAAAAAUAAUCUUACGAAUAUCACACGAUAGUAAGAAUAAAUAAGAAAAUAAUGCUCCAAUUUGUUUCCCAAACUUGUUUCCAUUCGGCAGUAGUCACUCGAGCCCUACGGGCUCUCCUGCUUGUUGCCAGGCAACAAGUUUUCGAAAAAUUGUCGCAUUAUUGUCAAAUUAUCUCUUGUGAUAUUAAUGUUGAGAAUAUAUUCUGAAUGACAAUCGGUUAAAAUUUUUGAAACUACCUUCUUUGUUUAUAAAAACUAGUCAAAAAUGUUCGAUAGAUCUCAAUACUUGUUGGAUUUAGGUUGCUUUUACUUUCUAUAUUUUAAGUCUUCCUGGUUAGGCCUUAACUACUAGCUUUUGGGUAGAAAGUAGACAUCUUUAAGAUUUUCCCUCUACUGUUUAUAAACUUUAAACGUAGAAAUGUGUUUCUGGUGAAAGAUAAAACGUAUAAAUAUAUGUAUAUACAGUUAUUUCGUAUGUGGACAUGUCCUCUCAAUGUUAUUAUUAGGUACUGGCUAUUAUCCGGAUGAGCGUAAGUUAUAAAGUUAUUUUAUUGAAGUGUUCGAUCUUUUAUAACUAUUGAUGAGAUUGAUGGACUCAACAUUAAACAGCGUAAACAUCAUACCGACUAUUACUAAUAUAAAGAUAAAUAUAGAACAGUAAUAAAUAAAUUAAAAAACAACAAAAGUUCAUGUUAUGAAGAUUUAAUAUCAGCUAAGGUUGAGUGACACAGAAAUACAAAAUUAUCGAGUGAAUUGUAUAAACAAGUAAUUGGAGGUACCCAAGUAGGUUUUCACCCAAAGUGAUCAAAAGUAGAACCAGAAGUCCAUAUUUGAACUUUUUGUGACACUUUCCGUCGAUUAAUAUACGAUCACACUAACUUUAAGUAAUUUUUACUAAACUUUCGGUCCUAAUUGUUCUGAAACGGAAACGACGUCAAACCCGGAACUAAAGAUUCAAGCUCGACUUUUCAAUGCGCUUCGAUUGAUGUGUCACAUGUACUAUUUCUGCGACUAUAAUAUGGCACUUCCGGUUAGAACUUUUUAACUGCAAAUGAUAUAAAAACCAAAAUUAUACAUCUGUUCUUACCUUUCUAAGGCACGUCGAAUAAUAUUAUCACUUUAUACUAUUUCGGUGAGUUUAAAACGGUACUUCCGGUUGCAACUCUAAAACCGAAGUCCCCGGUCAAAUUUCUCAUCUUUAAUACCAUCCUUAGGUCAUAAGCUUUCAUUUGACACCCCAUUUGUCAUUAUAUCUGUAUUACUAACGGAGGAGUUAUAUUCGCGGACGGAUGGACAGACAGACAGUCAUGAAACCGGAAGUAUAUAUUUGUUCUCGUCGUUGCUAAUGCUCGUCGAAUAAUAUAUCGCUUGUGCUAUUCCGGAGACUUUAAAACAGUAUUUCUGGUUGCAUUUCUAGAACCGGAAGCCCUAGGUCAAAUUUCUCACCUUUAGUACCAUCCUUGGAUAUAAGCUUUCAUUCGACACCUCACUUGCCAUUCUAUCUGGUAUAAUGACGGAGUGUUACGAACAGACCGACGUGGAUAAUACAAUUAAUAUUUUUUAUAUAUCGCCCCUUAGGUGGAAAUAGUGACAUAAGUGUAAAUGUUUCACAAAUUGAGUUAUCAAAUAUCAAACAAAGAAGUUUCCGUUCGACAGAAUUACAGCAAGACUCAUGAGGUAUAAUGAAAUUGCUUGUCUCACUAGCUUAAAAAUACUUACCGGAAGUAAUCAGAUAAGAGAGCAACAGUUAGUCGUUCUAACAAUUAUGUUUGAAAAUAAAAAUUACAAUGAGUUAUACAAACGAAGACUACAAGUUUAAAUAGUAUGAAAAACUAUUUGUAAACACAACAAAUGCGCAUUGAAAUUUAUUUAUCGUACUUAACUUAUUUGCCUUACAAAAAUAAUACUCCGCGAGUAUUUUUUAUGAACUGUAAAACUAAAAAGUUGUACAGUUCACACAAAAACAUCGAAAAAUUUUGUUUUUGUAUGUUUCUAUUAUUAAAAAAAUACUUUUUAUCUUUCACCUUAUAGGUACUAUUUGACUCUAUGACAUUUUCUCUACAUUUCUUUAAAUCUGUUCUAUUUAUUAUGUACAUGAAUCUAUAAGCACAAAUAAUAUACAUAAUCAUUUUGAUAAAAAAUCAUAGUUUUAAAUAAAACAGAUUUCAACACAAUAUUCAUAAGUCUACUUUUUUAAAAAUUUAUAGAGACAAAGGCCAUUUUUCAGAAACAGAUUAAACAAAAAUCACUAUAAAUUAUUUUGAGUAUGUUGAAUAAGUUUAUAUUGCUUCUACAAUUUUUAAAUAUAAAAUUAUAACAUUAGCAGAGGAACAACGAGAAUUAAGGUCGGGAAGAUCAUGCACCGACGCAAUAUUUCUAAUGAGCCAGGUUCAAGAGAAAUCAUUAGAAUACAACAAUCCGGCUUAUUUAUGUUUCGUGGAUUUUAAGAAGGUACUUGACAGGGACUCAAAUUAAAAGACGGUACCUAUUCAUUUAUUGGACCAAGAUUAUAUUAUGCUAGAUUAGACCAAGAAGUGUCAAAUAUAAACAAUUAUAGCGUUAAAAUAAUUUUAGGAGAUUUAAACGCAAAAAUAGGAAGAGGGGAAUUAUAUCAGGGAACAAUAGGUAUACAUAGCCCGCACGAAAUAAGUAACGAUAACGGGCAAAGAAUCAUAGAUUUUGCAACAGACAAAAAAAUGGUUAUAAGCGGUACAAAAUUUCCGCAUAAAAAUAUCCAUAAAGAAACAUGGGUUUCUCCCGAUAUGAAAACAAGAAACCAGAUCGACCACGUCUUAAUAGAAGCAAGACAUGCUUCAGACAUUUCAGAUAUGAGAAGUCAUAGAGGGGCAAACAGCAGCUCCGAUCACCAUCUUGUGCUAAUUAAAUAUAAACAAAAGAUUACCGCCAAGGAAACAGAGAAAGGUGAAAAAAAAAGAUCAAAUACGCUUCAGAUAUAUUGGCCUCUAAUGAGGAAAAGAGAGCAAGAUAUGAAACGACAAUAGAGAACAUAAUUGAACAAUGUAAUCAAGUAAAUGAAAAUCAGGUUAGAAAUAUCGAAGAUAAAUGGAGGGUUUUAAAAGAAGCAGUGAUAACAGCUUCAAAAGAAGUAGUGCGGGAAAGCAAACAGCCUAGCCAAAAAAGAUGGUAUGACAAAGACUGUCAGAGACUAAUGGGACAAAAAAAAACAAGCUAGGCUUAAAAUGCUGAACAACAGUACGGAAGAAACCAAAGAGGAAUAUACUACAAGAAGACGACAACUAAAAGAACAUUCACGAUUUAAAAAGAGGAAACACAAUAAAGAAAAGAUUGAAAGGCUAGAAGAACAUCAACAAAAACAUGAAAUAAAACUAUUUUAUAAGGAAAUAAAUCUUGAAAAAAAAAGGUUUCCAACCAAGAACAAAAUUACGCAAAGACAAAAAUGGGGACCUAAUAGCAGACGAAAAAGGAGUGCUAAAACGGUGGAGAGAACAUUUUAAAGAACUGUUGAAUAAACAAAAUCAACGUUACGAAAUAGAAGAGCUAAGAUUGGUAGGAGAGGCUGAAGUAGACCAAUAUGCACCAACAGAAGCAGAAAUAAAAGACGUAAUAAAAAAAUGAAGAAUAACAAGGCCCCAGGAUGCGAUACAAUAACUGUAGAAAUGUUAAAAUAUGGAGGACAUAGAAUACAGAGUGAAAUAUCAAAGUUAAUACUAGAAAUAUGGACCACAGAAAUAAUACCGGAACAAUGGAAAAUUGAAGUGAUAUGCGAAAAAUUCUACGAGCGGAAUACCGAACUACAUCAUCUCUUUGUAGAUUUCAAACAAGCUUAUGUCUCAAUAAUUAGAAAGGAAUUAUAUAGCGCAAUGCAAGAGUUAAAUGUUCCAAAAAAACUAAUCAGAUUAGUAAAACUAUGCCUAACCAACACUAAAGCAAAAGUAAGGAUCCAAAAUCAACUGUCCGGUGAAUUUAACAUUAAUGAAGGUCUAACACAAUAGGAUGCACUGUCAACAACACUUUUUAACCUUGCGUUGGAACAAGUAAUCAGGAAAACUCCUAUAGAUAGGGAUGGUACAAUAUUUACAAAACUCAAUCAGGUCGUUGCCAACGCAGAUGAUAUAGACAUAAUCAGCUGGACAUUAAAAGACCUAGAAAAAAUUUAUACAUAUUUUAAAGAAGCGGCACAGAGUAUGGGUCUAGAAGUUAAUGUCUCAAAGACAAAGUACAUGAUAACAACUCGGGAAAAAGUACAAACGAAAGGCAACAUAUCUCUGAGCGGGCAAAUAUUUGAAAGAGUAGACCGUUUCAAAUAUUUAGGAUCAACAAUAACAGAAGGAAAUAAAAACAGUGAUGAGGUAACAUCAAGAAUUUCACUUGGGAACAAAUGCUUCUACAGCCUACAAAAUAUCAUAAAGUCAAAAUCAGUAUAUAUUACUUCAAAAGUAAAAAUAUACACAACAGUAAUGAGACCUGUAGUAAUGUAUGCAUCAGAAACAUGGACCUUGACUAGUGAACAAGAGGAACAACUUCUUAGAUGGGAAAGAAAAAUCUUAAGGAAAAUAUAUGGACCUAUACAGGAGAAUGGAGAAUGGCGAAUAGAAUGUUUAACAGACCGACUAUCAUAAAAGAAAUACGAAGUAAACGACUGGGUUGGUUAGGACACGUAGAAAGGAUGGAUACUAUGAGAAAUACAAAAAAAGUACUUAGAAAAUAAUUAAAUGGGAAGAGACCGAGAGGUAGGCCUAGAAAGAGAUGGAUUGAUGGUAUUAAUCAGGAUUUGAAAAACCUAGGAAUACGAGAAUGGGAAAAACAAGCAAAGGAAAGGAAAACAUGGGCAGCUAUAGUUAAACAAGCAAAACACAUAUAACGCCGAAAAGACCUCAAAAAGAAACAAGAAAGUAAGAUUUUAGAUAAAUAUCGUUUAGAACUUUUGAGGAAUUAUUCGUGUGGCUGGCCUCCACACCAUGUAAAACUUUAGAGCCUAGAAACCCCAACGGGCGACCAUGGCCCUCCAUGGGCUGUCAGCGGUCACUGAUGAUGAUGAUCCAUUUAUUUGAGAGAUUUGCCCUACGCAGGAGAGGUGCCUCGAGGAAUAAUUAAAAUGAUCGAAAAUAUCUACCAGAACAACACAAUAAAAGUAAAAGUAGAAGAACUAACUGACCCAAUUGAAGCUGGCAAAUGGGAUAAGACAGGGAGUCCUCUAUUGUUUAAUCUUAGCAUGGAUGAAAUAAUAAAAUAGUAAAAACUAAAAAAGAAUGCCAAAUUGGAGAAAAACAAAUUAACUUUCAAAGUAAAGAUGAUUUACAACGUAGGCUGACCCAAUUUAAUAUAACCACUAGAAAAUUUAACAUAUUAAUUUCACCAAAAAAGACCAAAUGCAUGGUUAUAACAGCAAAUCUAAUAAGAUGUAAAUUAGAGCUGAAGGGUCAGAUAAUAGAACAAGUCAUGGAGUUUAAAUAUCUAGGCAUCGCACUAUCUAGCUACGGAAAGCUCGAAACAGAAGUGGAAGAUCAAGUGAAUAGAGCAAACAGAGCCGCAGAGGGAAUGAAACAAUAUGGAGAAAUUAAAAUAUCGGAAAUAAAUAAAAGGCAGAAUUCAGAAACAGUCAUCAGACCAAUAAUGACAUAAGCGGGAGAAACACGACCUGAUACAGAAAGGACAAAAGGAAUGCUAGAAAGAGCAGAGAUAAAAACCCUUUGAAAAAUAGAUGGUAAAACACUGUGGGAUAGAGCCAGAACUGCAGAUAUGCUACGAAGAUGCAAGGCGGGCAACAUUAAUAACUGGGUAAAAAAUAGAAGAGUAGUAAAGACGGCGAGAGACUGUUCCCCAAUAGGAAGACGAUCAGUGGGAAGAGCACGAAAUCGAUGGAACGACAACUUACUGGAGAUAGAGUUUUCUAAAGAUAAGAUGUUUAAUUUUUCAAAUAUUUGGGUGGUUUUUCCGUGAUGAGUGAUAGGUCAGGAAAUGAAGCAUUUUGGCUCGCAAUUUUUUCGUCCAGCAUGGAUUUACUUGAAAUUAUUAGCGGUUGAAAGUAUCAGUUUUUCGACGAAAAAAUUGACGUUUUUAGAGGGUUUUUUGAGAAUAACUCGAAAUAUAUGCAUUUAAUGAAAAAAAAACUGUAGAGAUGGCGUAGAGAUGUAAUGUAAGGACGGCGAGAGAUGGUUCUCCGAUAUAGGAAGACGAUCAGUGGGAAGACCACGAAAACGAUAUUUCUGCACAAAUACAAGAAGAAUUUUUAAUUUAUAAAACAAUCAUAAAAGACUUUCUCAUUACUGUAGAUAAUUUAAUCAUCCAGUCGGUUAAACCCGUUUGAUUAUUGUUUGAAUGUGUUUUUAAGUUAGUGAUCAAGAUGAAACACUUGACUUUUAUUGUUGCUUGCUUGUUUUACGCCUCUAUUAACACAAGCUUUAGUCCCAAAUACUAACCUGGGGAAUACUUUGUACUAUAAAGGCAAGUUCACAUGACAGGCGCUUAACGCGCGAUUGUGGCCUGAAUAAAAUGUAUGUAGUUGUAGCAAAAAAAAGGAGGAAAACAGAAUACUUAGCCAUGUAAUUAGAGGACUUAAAUUCCCUCUACUUCGCCUUAUAAUACAAGGAAAAGUGGAGAAAAGAGAUGGAUUGGUCGAAAGAAACUUUCAUGGUUGCGUGACUUUCAUGGUUUCAUAAUAUUAGACAAUGGUGUGGUUCGACGGUAGAAGAAUUAUUUCGCGCAGUAGCCGAUAGAGAGAGAUUUCAGCAAUUUGUAAACAUGAUGACGACCAACGUCUGAAUACGGACACUGCACCUGAAGAAGAAGAAGUUAUAGCGUCUGUCAUGUGUACGUGCCCUAAAGUGUAUGGUGAAAUAUAUGGUGUACGCCCUUGAAAUCUUAGUAGAAAGUUCCUGGGGUCUUAUUCUCGAGCUCAUUCGAGAUAUAUCGUUCGAGAUUGUAUUUUCAAGCGCCUCUCGACAUUAUUUUUGAAAUCUCGAUUAAUGGAAUGAACGUCGUAGAUUACUUUUUUUGAACAACCAAUAGAAUUACUUAAGGACGAGAAUUUUAAGUCUGGACUGUCACAGUGAUAAGUGUUUAUAUAUAGUCUAUGUUGAUGCAAAUACUUCGAGAUACAGAUGAUUGGCUUACAUCUGUACAUAGAUUACAGCCAGUAUCAACUUCAAAGCUGCCGCUGGCGAAGAAUCUUAGUGCAAUUAAAACCUAAAAGUACAAUAUAAACCUACUGGAAUAUGUAUUUUGGUUGUAUUUAAUUUGUUUCCGUAUCAAGUGCUGAACUUCUUGAGUUAGUUAGGAUAAAUUCGGAUACCAUAUCGACCACACUUCGUACUAAAUGCUACGAAAGUCUGAACAUUUUAUUAAACUUUUUUCGCUUAAAUCGAAAGCAUUUAGUCUAGGAUAAAAGCGUGGAGGUUGAUCAGCGGCAAUUUCUGCCUCUUCUACCACUUCGAUCGCCGCUAUCAUAGCUAAUUCAUCAAAAUUGGCCAUAUUUAUUACAACUUACUUACUUACUUAAUCAGUAGACUUAGACCCAUUUGUACCUUUCGGUGUUGGGCCAUAUUUAUUACAAAAUUCUUCAAAAAGCAAAAAAUACAAACACUUCCGUUCGACUUCAACCUUCAACAGCUGUUAAUUAUUCUUGUUUAUGUUCGUUGACAUAAAAAACGCGCAUAUAUCGAUGUCGGGAAACUGUCGAGUGGGUUACCACCGCUCGAUGCUUAUCAUUCGAUAUAUGUCGAACAAGGAGUUUCGAGAAUAGCAAUCUCGAUGGCAAGAGCAGAAAAUCAAGGUAUGUCGAAUACAAGCUAUGUCGAGUGAACUCGAGAAUACGUUUCUAGAAUAAAUAGAAAAACGGUUACCUAUGAUAAAAUAAAUUAUGUUCCUACUAGAUCGUGUGUAGUUAGUUUUAAAACACCAGUACUUCCAAAAUACGUUACUAUAAAUAAGGUGUUGAAAGAAAUUGAACCAUAUCAACAAAAGGUACUACUUUGUUUCAACUGUUUGCGCUACGGACAUCAGGGAAAGCAAUGUAGGAGUACCUCCCGUUGUAACAAUUGCCAGAAAGGCCACAAUACAAAAGAGUGCCAGGAAACAACAAUAACUCCAAAAUUUUUUAGUUGUAUGGGAGAUCACUUCACAACAAAUCUUAAGUCAUGUCCAGAAUUUAAAAGACAGAAAUUAAUUAAAGAAUGCAUGACUAAUAGUAAUAUCAAUUAUCAUGAUGCCAACAAACAAAUUCCCCGCAAAUCUUAUGCAGACGUAAAAUCAAAUAACAUUAUUAAAGAUUAUCAUCAACAAAAUUUGCCUUCUUCUAAUUACCCUCUUGUUAAUCAAAGUUUAAGUAGUUCUUCUGUUACCCGUCCAUUCACUUUUUCGGCCAAUAGUAAUCAUAAUAAAUAUGAAAAAUAAAAAGCAAAAAAUACAAACACUUCCGUUCGACUUCAACCUUCAACAGCUGUUAAUUAUUCUUGUUUAUGUUAGCUGACAUGAAAAACGCGCAUAUAUCGAUGUCGGGAAACUGUCGAGUGGGUUACCACCGCUCGAUGCUUAUCAUUCGACAUAUGUCGAACAAGGAGUUUCGAGAAUAGCAAUCUCGAUUGCAAGAGCAGAAAAUCAAGAUAUGUCGAAUGCAAGCUAUGUCGAGUGAACUCGAGAAUAGAGCCCUAGUUAAAUGUUUAUGUUUUAGUUAAGUGUUUACGUGUAGCAAAAAAAAAAGACUAAAGUUUACGGAGAUAAAAUAUUAAAAAUUUUGAAAUACCAAAAUAGGUACCAGCUAAACCACCAUUGUUAUGUUCGAGAUCUCUAGUGGCUCAUUAAUGGUUAAUGCAACAUAGCCUCCAUCAAAAUAUAUAUAUUUUAAUACAUCGAAGGUCGAGACUUCCUUCUAGUUAUAAGCAAUAUUUAUAAAAUCGAUUAUUGAGUAAUUGUUAGAGUGAUAAAACCAUAAUCUGUUUCUGAGACCGUAGGAAAAAUUAAAAAAUUAUUUUAAUAGGUUAAAAUGCUUUCUAGGCUUUACAUGUCUUCACUUAUUGCAUUUAUUUCAAAAUACUAUGUCGUAAUUUUUUCUACAAAGACCAUGGAUAAUCAGACCUAUAAGGUUAGUGUUUAUUUAUUACCUUAAUUUAAGUGAUAGCACAAAUUACUUUAAGUAAAUAGUUCUACAGAAUUUGUAGAAAUAAAAGAAUAUGACUGUAGAUUUAAAUGUUAGAGGUGUUUUAAUAACAGAUGUAUAUAUACACCGUUAUUAGGCGUCAACGCCCUUCGGUAGGGAUCUAUGGAGGCGUAUCACCAAGCCGCAAGCCCUUAUCCCUUGCCGUACCGCUCCUCCAUAGGCCGAUCAGACGCCAGUUUAUUCCAAACCAAGUCGUAGAUUCCAUUGAAUUUUAUACUACGACGUUGGCCUUUUAUUAAUUUCAAAUGACCGGGCUGGGGCUCGAACCACGAUCGCAAAUCCACUAAACUUGUGGACAAUGUAACAGAUGAUUUUCUUAUUAUCAAAAGUUUUUUGUGUACACAUUUCAUGAUUCCCACGAUAAUACAACUUUCAUCAUAUUUUUGUCUCUUAUUUUUUGGUUUGAUCUCUAUUUUGGAUUACCAUAAAUAAACUUUAAAGAUGAAAAUACUGAAUAUUUUAUUUUCAGUUUUUUUUAACUGUCAUGCAAGUAUAAAAUAUUGUUAAAUAAUAUUCAUGUGGCCUUUUUACAUUAUUAAUAAUCAAAAAUAAAUUAUAAAUUUAUCAUGUAUUCUUGUUCUAAGUGCCCUCACCUCAAUGGCUGUUGACUACUACAAUUAUUGCAAACUCUUGUUUGUCUCCAGCUGUUCAAAAUUUAGCGCUGUCCAUUGUCGUAUGUUUGUUAGACAAGGCAGUCUUCACUAUUAGUUGAGUAUAUUGGUGGUACUUAUUAAUUCUCAGUAUGUGACCUAAGAAUGAUGUUAUUUUAACUUACUGUGUUGAAAAUUCUCGUUCCUUGCCUACUCUAUACAGUACCUACUUCUUCGUUUGAGGUAUGGGAUGUCCGUGAAAUCUUGAGGAUUAUCCGGUAUUUCUUCAUCGCAAAGGCCUCCGAUUUAUUUACGGUAGAUGUUUUAGGAGUCCACGUUUUAACUGCAUAGAAGAGAGUCGACCAAACGAAGCAGUUUGUUAAACGUAGUCGUCCAUCUAUUGUGUAAGGUUGAAUACAUUUGACACAUCUUUGGGUUUUUAAUGUUUAUUUUAAUACCAAAUUGCUCACAGACUGAGUUGGUUCUGUCGAUGAUUCGGUGUAGACCCAAGUAGGAAUCCGCAAUCAACAUCAUAUUUGUCAUCGAUGUAUGUAUCUGAUGCUGUUGAUAUUUACGCCAUUCAUCUUGAUUCCGUCCUUGGAAUCCUUCAGUGUAUUUUUAAAUAAAAACUCUGAAUAAAUAUUAAAUAGCAAGGGUGACAAAACACAUCCCUGUCUAACGCCUUUCCUAAUUUCUACUACUGCAGACGUGAAACUCUCGAUCUUAAUGCUCCAUUUGGUUCCAGUACAAAUGUGUGCCCAUCUAGACUCAUAUUAAAAUCACUUAUUUUUUGUGCAAAGGAUUUCUGAUGAAUUUUGCAAAAUUGGUUUCUCCUGUACAGUAAAUGACUUGUGUAAUUGCGUUACAAGCUGUAUUUCGUACUCAAACAUUUGUUUUCAGCGUGUUUUGUAGAUUUUUAUCGGAUUUGCGUCAAGACUAUGUGCUUGUCGCUCAAGUGCUGCAAUCUCGACAUCUUCAAGGUGCUGAAUCACUGUUCUCGCUGCAUGGACUUCGGAUUUUUUUUGUACUAGCACACAAUUAUCGUAACAAAUAAAGAUAUAAGGUAAAGCAUGCUCUACAGGGAUGUUUCACCAUUCAUUGCCCAUUCAGUACCGUUAACAAUCAGCAUUCAUUAUUUUAUUUAGCUGAAUGAGCUCUGUAGGACUAUUCUAACUAAUGUCGUCCUAUUCUAGAAUAUAAUCGGACCACCUCUAAGCCUAAGAUUUUAUGUAACAGCAUACUGCGAAACGCUCCCAUGGUCUGCUAUAGAUUCUAUACUAUCUGUUUCAGCUUUCUAUUUUUGUAGAGGGCCCCACAGACCUUGCCGCUUCCCGCGUUUCUAUCGCUAUCGUUUUCUAUCUGUUCAGUCUCCCUUCUCCAAAGCCCUGUCUGUCAUAACGCUCUGGAUACCAAAUUGCUGGUCUUCCUCGUUUUCUUCUAUGCCGUGGUACAUAGUUUAAUACCUUUUUUUAGCCAGUGAUCUGCCACCAUUCUCAUAACGUGCUCAUACCACAAUAAUAUACUCGAUCAAUAAAAAAAGUGAAGACCGAAAAUAAAUCAUGCAAUAUUUGAUAUAUAAAUAUUUGAUAUCACAAAUUUUAGAUAUUUCAAUUCAUUACAAACACGUCAAUGUAUGGCUGGUAUUUAUGUUCCCUGCAUUACUAGUAUUUAAAAAAUUUUAUCAUUAAACAAAAACAAAAAAAGUGUGGCGGUAUACUUGCCAUAAAAUUAUUGCAGGAAACCUUAAUCUUAAGCUUAUUACAAAUUCAUUUGUAUUUGAAUGGUGUGGUUAAGUUUACUGUACAGGUAGAAAUUAAUAAAUGUUAAUCUAUUGUCCCUUUAAUUAUUAUACCUGCUAUUCAGUCUGUAGGUUUACCUCUCGAAACUUAAGGAUGCCAUUUAAAUACAAAUGACUUUGUUACAGGAUUAAGAUACGGUUUUCUUCAAUUUGAUGGAAAGUAUACUUGUAUUACUAACUUUGCCUUCGUACAACAAGCCGACUGGCUGCAGUACGACCGGUUUAUAACAGACGAAUUCCAGGAAAAAAAACUUUACCUUCCCAACAUAAUAUUUUAAUGUCAAAUUUAAUGUAGAAAAUCUAUUUUUAAAAAACCUUGAAUGUGUAAUGUUCCUUUGUAAAAAGCUUUACAUGUAAUUAAUAUCUUUGAAAUGGUUUUUGUGGAAAAUAGUUAAAUAUCCGAGAAUGUUAUUGUGACCUAACUCAUUUGCGAUUAUAACUUUGUAUCUCACUAUUAAACUACUGAUGUGGUAUUAAUAAACGAUAUUUUAUGGGUUUUAAAAUUAAACAAAAUCACUUAGUACCACAUAGGUGGCGCGAUAGAGAUAAAGAAUCAAAUUUUAUAAACCAAUGUCCAAUAUUUGUUUAACAUUUGUAAUAUUCAUGGUAAAGAACACUAAAAAGGUUCACUAUUGAGUAUAUAUCACAUCUUUCUUACUGUCUUUAAUUCUCCUUCUUCUUUUUUGAGUACCGUGCCCAAAUUUUAGGCGUGGGCAGCUUCCAUGACAAUUUGCUGAUAUGGUUCUCGAUAUUGCGCGACAUGUAGUAAUUUAUCUGCUGAUAGGCCAGUCCAUUGACGAAUGUUUGGGAGUCAUGAAUGUUUCUUCCUACCAAUUCCUCUUUUUCCGUCGAUCUUUCCGUUGAAUAUAUUAUCUGCAGUAUCCAGUAUCUGCUGCCUCUCAUUAUAUGCCCCAGAUAUUCAAGUUUUCUCUUUUUUGUCAUCUUCAUCAAGUAACCUUCGCCUUGACCUAUUCUGUUAAGACAUCUAUGUUUAAAAUGCGUUGAACUCAUAUAUUUUGAGCAUUCUACGAUAUGACCACAUCUCGAAGGCUUCUGAUUUGUUCAUCAUAUUAACCUUCAUGAUCCAGAUUUCACAUCCAUAUAGUAAUACAAGAUACACAUAACGUUUUAAGAACUUGAUCCUUGGUUGUAAGUUCAGCUGAGAAUUGCUCAGUAUAAAGCUAAGUAUCAUAAAUGCUCCUAUUGCAAUUUCUAUCCGAGUUUUAAUUUCUUCAUCAGGAUUUAGUGUCUCGUUUAUACAAAAUCCUAGGUAUUUAAAAUGGUUAACUUUAGUAAUCAGUUCAUUGUUGACAAUUAGUUGCAUAGGGCCGACGUUCUAUUUACUAACCACAAGUAACUUUGUGUUUGAUGUAUUUAUGCCAAGUCCGUUAUUGGAGCAUUCUCUAGUGACUCAAUCUAUAAGAAAUUAAAGAUCUUCGAUAGUUUCAGCCAUGAUCGCUAUGUCAUCUGCAUAUCUAAUGUUAUUAAUAGUUUCUUCCCAAUUCGAACUCCACAUCGCCAUUCUUCGUUAAAUAUUAUUUCUGAGUAAACGUUAAACAAAGUUGGGGAUUACACGCAACCCUGUCUGACACCUCUUUGAAUGCAAAUUUUGUCUGUUUCUUUGCCGUCUAUGAGAAUAGAAGCUGUUUGAUUCCAAUACACAUGUUGUAAACGUCUCAGAUCUUUAUCGUGUAUUCUAGUCAUUUCUAAAUAUUUAAACAGUCUAUCAUGUUGAACCCUAUCAAAUGCCUUCUCAAAAUCUCUAAAGCAGACGUAAAUUGGUUUCUGUACUUCCCAUGAUUUCAAUAUUGUUAAUCCCUAGUUUCAAUAUUGUUAAUCCCUAGUUUCAAUAUUGUUAAUUAUUUUUCUCAUUUGGGUUUCCUCUGUAGGGCUCUGCAUUUGCUAUUAUGGCUAUAUUCCAGCAAUUUUGGAAUUUUCUUUCUUACGGCACCUUUUGUGAUAUCUCGAAUGUGUAUCUUCGAAAACUACUAGACAUUGCAUUGCCAACGAGUCUGGUAGUUUUUUCCCGUGAACUCGAUCAUGCCUGGUAUCCAUAUUGCCUUUGUCAGUUUUUGACAUUUAGUAACCUUGUGUAAGUUUAUUAAGAAAACCCUUACCAUAUUCUACCAGUUUGGAUUUGGCAAGUGGUUUACCGCUAAGAUUGUUUCCUGGCUCUCGGUAAAGAUAUUUAUUAUUUUUGGGGUGUAGUUUCUCUAAUGAUAUUUCUACGGUACACACUCUUUCCGAUUGUCAAUUCGUUUUUCAACUUGCAAACAGUCCUUUUUCUGCCAUAAUUUAUUCAACUGCCAUAAUCACAACAAAAUACCAUACAAGCCUAAAGAACUGUCAAAAGGCGUUGAUCCCCAACUACACUAACGUGGCACCAAGAGGGAGCCACGGCGUAAGUAGCUGCCAAAUGUGUUCUUUAAUCCUUUUGUAUCUGUUCUAAGACGAGGUGAAAUAUUUAAACCAUUAUGUUGAAAUAUAUUCUGCCGUCUUUAAAUAAAACGCUAAAUAAAACGCGGUAUGUGCAGUCAACUUAAAACCGAGAAAUCGGCUCUCAAAGUUUUUUCCCAGGACUCUAUAUGUUUUGACAACUUUUUAACGCAAAACAUGUUCUAAUGACAGUUGAACAUUAUUUAAAAAUAUAUUCUUAAAAAAAUUAUGUUUUUAUCAAAGCUGUAAAUAAAAAGUCAUAUACCGCGUUUUAAUUGAGGACAUAUUAUAUUACUGAAUCAGAAAUAGUGCCGCAUCUGCAUUUUAUUUACAAACAGGAUUUUUGCAAGGAAGAAUCUUCUUCUUCUUCAAGUGCCAUCUUCGCGACGGAGGUCGGCAAUCAUCAUAGCUAUUCGGACCUUGGAGAGUUACCAAGGAUGAAUAGUUAAAAAAGAAAAAUAAAUAGCUUAUAAUUGUUUAUUAUAUGCGCAAAAUACCUACAUGUCAUAAAUGUUCAAAAUACGAAUCUCGAUAAAAACGCGGUAAAUGCGCUGUGCUCAAUUAAAACGCGGCAAAUACAUGAUACUUGCUAGCACAUACCGCUUUUUAGUCGAGUACUCUGUAGAUACCGCAUUUUAAUUAAGCAACUAUUGAAAUUUAGCACAUACGGUAUAUUCCAAUUUGUUUAUUUUGGUACUAAAUAAAAUGAUACGGCUUUCAGACAUUGCAGAAGCAUAAAUAAGGUUACAAGGAAACCACAUAUAGCAAAAACUCUAUUUUCAAUUUUUUUUGCAGAUACCGCGUUUUAAUUGAGUACGACAAUAUUGGUUUAUUUUGGUUCAAUUGGAUGAUUACAAAUUAUAUUGCUUGAACAUAAUUCCUGUGUAAUCGCAAUGACAAUUUUGAAAACUUGAUUUAAUAUUAUUAAUUAUUCUCGGAUAUAAAAAGUAGACAUCCUGGCACUCUCAGAUAUAUUUAUAUUUCGAAUAUUUUAUUUUAUUUUUGUGUACAAUAUUUUUAAAAGUUGUGAUUAUUUAAGUUAGACGUACGUCUUUUUAAUUAAUAAACUUAAAAAUAUCAUUUUAAAAAAUUUUAAAAAUAUAUUAUUAGCAAGAAGACACUGUUCUUUUCAAAGUUAAAAUGAAUAUUUAUUCGAUGUUUUUUAAUGAUGAUUAUGUUUACUGGUUAUUAAGACGGAAUUUGAUAUUAUUAAGUUUGUACCUGCUGUGUUGUUAUUUCAAUUAAGUACCCAUAUAUACACAAAUUGAAUAGUUGUAUUUUUAAAAAUAAAAAAUAUGUACUCAU